AUGGAGGAGACCGUCCCCGAUACCCCCGUGAGCGACAAGAAAGUCGUUCACAGCACGCCGACCAAGGACGACGCAGAAUAUGAGACGGUUGCCACCGUGCCUGUGACCCAUUUCCAGCCACUGGCAACUCAAUCCCUGACCCCUGCCACCCAGCGCUACACGCAACCGACUCAACUGAUUGAAGUUCCUUACUCCGCGAAGAGCAAUUCCGUCGUCCAGGUCGCUGCAUCCUCGCCCCCAGGCCCGAAUUCCUCCCCCUCUCGUCCCACCCCGAACGGCGGCCGUCUCUCCAGUGUCAUGGCCCCUGCUGGAACCAGCUUCCGUCCUCCUGUCACUGCCGGCCCUGCCAAGCGUGCGCCUGUGAUAGAUCUAGAAGACGGUCCCACCUAUCGCGGCGGCUCGUCGGACGACGACGGUCAAACGACAAGGAGCACGGACAUCAAACCUGCCAUGUUCGCUAAAUCUUCGCGGACUCCGGACAACGUCGCGGACUCCCCUAUGGAUCGAUUCAAAGAGAUCACCGCCUCCGCCCUUUACAACCCUUCCAGUGCGAAGCGUCCUGCGGCACAAAUGGAUCCUGCGCCGCGAGGCAUGGCCGUGAAAAAGGUUCGACAGGAGGGUCCCUCGCGUGCCCAACCAGUCGGCAUCAGUAUUUCGUCGUUGCAGGACAUUGAUGACUACCAGUCCCGGGUCAAGGUGGAGAGGAUGAUGAAGGUCAUGCCGCACAAGUCGGUCCACGCGUGCAUCCAGGCGCUUGUCUCGAAACGUGGAAAUUACGAGGAUGCCCUGGAUCACUUGGCAAAGACAGACAAGCCCGAUUCUUCGGAGGACGAGCUGGCCGUGGACAAGCGGGCAUCGCCUGUUGCGCCGGCGAAACAGCAGAUCAAGGCGCGGGGAACCAUCCAAGACAAGUGGUCCGCCAUGAACUUGCAGAGGACCCUGUCGGCUCCGAAGCCGCCGCAAUCGCAGCCGUCGCAAACACCGCAGGAUGACGGCAAGCCGCGGAGACGUCUGAUGAGAGGGCCUAAAUCCCGGGCGUCCUCCCCUAGCCCUGUUCGCCCCCAGCCCGUUGUCGAGACACCCCCCAAGAAAACCGGUCGUCUGGUCCAGGGACGGAAGCCCCCGUCGCCGCAACGCUCUGAGUCUCCUGAAGCCAUGAUAAUUUCGGAUGACUCUGACUCCGGUAUCGAAGAGACACAAGGGGAUGGCCAGCUGGAGGCGAAAGUCUUGAAUUUCUUCAAUAAAUGCAGCGUCCUAGAGCUCGCUGAUAUCGCCGCGAUAACCGAAGAUAUUGCGAAACAUGUGAUAUCGUUCCGACCGUUCAGGUCACUGGACAAGGUCCGCGCUGUACCUGCCCCCACGAAGGAGGAGACGAAGCCGAAGAGUGGCCGUGGCCGUAAAACGCCCAAGCCAAUCGGGGAGAAGAUCGUCGACAAGUGUCUUGAUAUGUGGGUUGGCUAUGAAGCAGUCGAUUCUUUGGUUGCACGCUGUGAGGCGCUCGGACGACCGGUCGCGGCAGAGAUGAAGAAAUGGGGCGUCGAUUUGUUCGGAAAGAAAGAGGGAGAAUUGGAGCUGGUAUCCAUUAAUCCUAGGGACACCCAAUCGCAGUCCCAUGACUCCGGUAUAGGGACUCCUGCUAGCCAGCGCUCUGAGGAUGACAGUGAUGGUCCUGCGCCUGGCCCGCGUAAAGGCCGCUUCAUCUCUCAGCCCAGCAUCAUGCGCGAGGAUCUGAAGAUGAAGGAUUACCAGAUUGUGGGUAUCAAUUGGCUGUCCCUUUUGUUCGAGAAAGACUUGAGUUGCAUUUUGGCCGAUGACAUGGGGCUUGGAAAGACCUGUCAAGUGAUUGCCUUCUUGGCGCACUUGUUCGAGAAGGGAAUCAAAGGGCCCCAUCUCAUCGUGGUGCCCUCGUCGACGAUUGAGAACUGGCUCCGAGAGUUUUCGAAGUUCUGUCCCACCCUCUCAGUCAUGCCUUACUAUGCUGGUCAGGCAGAACGGGCCGUGAUUCGCGAGACGAUUGAAGACAACCGAGACAGCAUCAACGUGAUUAUUACUACCUACACGAUCGCCAAGGGCAAGGUUGAUGCCCAUUUCCUCCGCCACAUGGACUUUUGCGCUUGCGUUUACGAUGAGGGUCAUAUGCUGAAGAGCAGCACCUCGGUCCUUUAUGAAAAGCUCAUUCGCAUCCCAGCUCGCUUCAGGCUCCUCUUGACAGGUACCCCGCUGCAGAACAACCUCCAAGAACUGGCUUCAUUGCUUGGUUUCAUCCUCCCAAAAGUGUUCCAGGAACGCAAGGAUGAGCUGCAGUAUAUCUUCGCGAACAAGGCAAAGACGGUUGACGAAUCUCAUUCGGCGCUUCUGUCCGCGCAACGGAUUGAGCGAGCAAAGUCCAUGCUGAAACCUUUUGUCUUGCGUCGUAAGAAGCACCAGGUCAUCGAUUUGCCUGCAAAAAUCUCGCAUGUUGAAUACUGCGAAAUGAACAUUGCGCAGCGCGAGAUUUACGACCAUGAGCAGGAGGAAGUGCGCAAGCUGUUGGCUGACCGCGCAGCCGGGAAGAAGACGGGCAACAAGUCCGCCAACAUCCUCAUGAAGCUCCGACAAGCAGCCAUCCACCCGCUGCUCUAUAGACGCCACUACGAUAACGCCACAUUGAGCCGUAUGGCUAAGGCGUGUCUGAAAGAGGAGCAGUGGUCCCAGUCCAAUCCCGAUAUCAUCUACGAGGAACUUCAGGCUUAUAACGAUUUUGAGUGCCACACGAUGUGUGUAACGCACCCCCAUUCAUUGGGCAAGUUCGCUCUCAAGAACAACGAAUGGAUGGAUUCGGGUAAAGUGGACAAACUUUGCGAACUACUCAAACGAUUUGCAGAGAACGGUGAUCGUGCCUUGGUCUUUUCGCAAUUUACGCUAGUCAUGGAUAUCCUCGAGAAUGUUCUCGAGCACCAACACAUCGGUUUCGUCCGACUGGACGGAAGGACAAACGUCGAAGACCGCCAGUCCAUCCUGGACGCGUUCCACGAGCGGACCGACAUCCCGGUCUUCCUCCUUUCCACCAAAGCCGGCGGUGCGGGUAUCAACCUGGCCUGUGCCAACAAAGUCAUCAUUUUCGACUCCAGCUUUAACCCCCAGGAGGACGUCCAGGCCGAGAACCGUGCCCACCGCGUCGGCCAAACCCGCGAAGUGGAAGUCAUCCGACUUGUAACGAAGGAUACGAUCGAGGAACAAAUCUACGCCCUCGGACAGACCAAGCUCGCGCUCGACCAAGCCGUCGCCGGCGAAGACGCCGCGGAAUCCAAGAAGGCCGAAGAUGCGGGCAUGAAAGUGGUCGAAGACAUGGUCCUUGCCGAUAUGAAGGAGCACGAAAAACCAAGUGACUCCUAA